GAGUGAUCGGCAGUCAGUGCUAAAAACCUUAACCAGCAACAAAAUUUACUCCGGUGAUACACUUUGAAUAUUGCUAAAACGCUAGAAAAUUGCUUAUCAAAUUCGCCGAGUUACCUGCAGAACACAUCAUCGAAUGCUGGCGUUGUCAUAGGUGUUAAACACAGCAACAACGCGACGAAUGGAAAAUCUGAAACAACAGUGGCAACGUAGGAGUAGUGAAAAAAUGCAGUUUAGCUGAAUUUCUUCUCGAAAAAAAUGUUAUUUCAUGUCUAAGCUCUAUGCGGACACAUAGUAGAGCUUCUGAAACGUAACAAGAAACAAUUCCAGAAAAUCUAUCAACCACAGCCAAGUGCCAUUACACAUUCCCAGAGUAUAAAAAAUCAAUUCAGCCGCAGGCCGAUUCCAUAUCAUUUAGACCAAUAUCAAUAGCAAGAAACAUUUUUGCUGCUAUGACCAACAUCAAGUAUGAACGCGUUAAACAAACGGUUGAUCAUGAACCACAGAAUGAGGAAAUCGAACUGGAAAGUGAGACUCAAAUGAGGAACCAUACCGCUUCGAAAGGACAUCAUCCGUACGUAGCGACCAGCCGUGAUACAGUGGCCAGAACAAUGGGCGUGAAGAAGAAGAGUUUUGCCAACACGAUCAUCGUUACAUUAUUCCUAAUAAUGUGCUACUUUACGCUCUCUAUAGGACUAACGUUCUAUCAGCGGCUUUUGCUGCAGGAGUUCAAAUUUCCCCUGAGUGUUGUAGUUUACCAUCUUUGCAUCAAGCUAGUCAUGUCCGCAGUGGUUCGUGCGAUAUACCGAUGUGUCACUAAGAAACCUCGUAUAGUGCUGGAUUGGAGAACGUCGAUUCGAAAGAUUUUACCCACCGGCCUGGCCAGUGGUAUCGACAUAGGGUUUUCCAAUUGGGGCCUGGAACUAGUGCAAAUAUCUUUAUAUACAAUGACCAAAUCAACCACGAUUGUGUUUAUCCUGAUAUUUGCUAUUCUAUUGAAGCUGGAAAAAAAGAGCUGGUCCUUGGGGGCCAUCGUAGUGAUGAUCUCGGGCGGCCUAUUUAUGUUCACGUACAAAUCGACCCACUUUGACGCCCUCGGGUUUUCCUUUCUACUGUUCGCUUCGCUGUCUAGUGGAAUUCGCUGGACCUUUGCCCAGUUAAUUAUGCAAAAGUCCAAACUAGGCUUACACAACCCUAUCGAUAUGAUGUUUCACAUGCAACCGUGGAUGAUUUUAGCGAUACUACCAUUUACCAUAGGUUUCGAGGGGCAACGCGUUUUGGAUGGUUUAGACAAGCUUCUUCAAACUCCCUCUGCCAUUAUAUUGGACAUGUGGCUUCGAAUUUCUGUGGGAGCAUUUAUUGCAUUUGUGAUGGAAGUUAGUGAAUUUUUGGUUUUGACAAACACUUCCAGUUUGACGUUGUCCAUAGCUGGAAUAUUUAAGGAAAUCUGCCAGCUGGUUUUGGCAGUAGAAGUAUAUGGUGACCAACUUAGCUUGUUAAACGUCCUGGGUCUGGUCAUGUGCCUCGGAGGUAUCUGCUGUCACGUGGUGCACAAAUUUUGGACAUAUACAGAGGAGCAAAAGACGGUUGAUGGAUCCGCAAAUUAUGACGAUGAAGAGGAUGAUAGCGGCUUAGUUACUAAAAAUGGACUAGCUCCAAAAUACAAUCCGAGUUUCGACAUGGUAACUGCUCGCUUCAAAACUGGUGCACAGCACAGACCGUUGUUGGAGAAUGAGAGUCGUGACGCUGAAGGGUCCGACCAUCUGGUAGUCAAUAAUAGGAACUACAUUUCCGACGAUAGUGAUCAGGGUGAUAAUGAAGCUCAGGACGUGCUGUUUGAUAUAUUAAAACGACGUGAGCGAUAAUCGUCAAAUUUUCCCAUAGAAUGCUGUGGUUUCGUUGUAUUAAUAAGUUACAUAUUUUACAUAGUACGCUUAUCGACAUCACUCUGAAACACCGCAUUAGCCAGUGAUAAUCUGCAUUUACAGGAUGCGAACUGAACGUGCUAAUUCCAUCUUUUGUUACAGGGUAUACAUUUUUACUGUUUAAAGUCAUCUCUUUAUAGAAAAACAGACGUUGGAUGCCUGGUAUUUUUUAUCAGGUACAUAACAAAUCGUACUAAGCUAACCUACUUUCUCGAUGUUAUAUAUUAAACAAGAUAUCGUACCCAGCAAGGCAUUUUUAUUGAUACCAGUACGUAUGAUGAACGAAUUGAUAAAUGUUAACAACCUUACCCAGCAUAGCCGGUAAUUUUGCGGCAGAAAAUAACUUGCUAAUAUAACCUGGUUAAUGUAAAGUCGUGAUAAAUAUCUACUUAGAUUAAUUUAAAGUUCGUCACACCACUUCGCCAUUCUGUUGUUUACCAGUACUGUUCCGUAUAACAUACCUUCCCACUUUCUUGUUGAUACUGUAGAGCGUCUUCAGGAUUCUAGAUUAUGUGCGGAUUACCUACAAUAUUGUAAAUGUAACAAAAUAGUGAAAUAAACUAGAGAUAUAUGGUGAUUAUUAUAA